AUGAGGAUUUUAAUAUUUCCUGCUGCUCUUGCCAUUGGAACUAUAGGUUAUUUCAUCGAGACAAGAAUAAGAAAAGAUGAAGAAAUACCUUAUCUUGACUUAUCAAUUGAUGAGGAUCGACGAAGGCGACAAAUUGAAUUAGAAUUGGAUUCGAAUUAUCAAACACCAACAAGCAUUACUGAAGUUAGGCAUUCAAUUGUACCGAAGUCAAGCCUUGUCGUGAACACAUCGAGGAGUGCAAUUGAUCAUAAUAUUGAAAAUUAA